AUGUUCGCCCGUCGCUGCGCCCGUCUGGUCUCUGCCCGGACAUCCGUCCCCUUGACCUCGUACCUGGCCCGCGUGCGGCCCUACUCCUCCGCGACCUACGAGCAUAUCCUAACCGAAACCCCGAAGCCCGGUGUCGGAUUGAUCACAUUGAACCGCCCAAAGGCAUUGAACGCCCUCUCCAGUCCACUCUUCACGGAACUCAAUGAUGCCUUGAGCAAGUACGACAAUGACAAGGACAUUGGCGCGAUUAUCAUCACAGGCAGCGAGAAGGCAUUCGCAGCCGGCGCCGACAUUAAAGAAAUGGCACCCCUCACCUUCGCCGCCGCGUACGCGAACAACUUCAUCGCACCGUGGUCCCACCUCGCAACCUCCAUCCGCAAGCCCGUGAUCGCUGCCGUAUCCGGGUACGCCCUCGGCGGCGGAUGCGAGCUGGCCCUGAUGUGCGACAUCAUCUACUGCACGUCGAAAGCAACCUUCGGCCAGCCGGAGAUCAAGCUGGGCACCAUCCCCGGCGCGGGCGGAUCGCAGCGUCUCACGCGGGCGAUUGGGAAGAGCAAGGCCAUGGAGCUGAUCCUGACGGGGAAGAACUUUAGUGGCAAGGAGGCGGGCGAGUGGGGUAUGGCUGCGAAAGUGGUUGAUGGUGGAAAGGAGGAGCUGCUUGAGGAGGCGUUCAAGACUGCUGAGACUAUUGCGGGCUAUAGUCGUGUCUCGGUGGUUGCAGCUAAGGAGGUCGUCAAUAAGAGUCAGGAGUUGGCGCUGCGCGAGGGCGUGGAAUAUGAGCGGCGGAUGUUCCAUGGGUUGUUUGGGAGUAAAGAUCAGAAGAUUGGUAUGACUGCUUUUGCGGAGAAGAAGAAGCCCGAGUGGUCGAACGAGUAG